CUGCGGGUGUGAGUAAAAAAAAAAACAACAAAAAACUUUGUUCCCCACCCGCCCAACUGCCCAUCAAGAAAUCGAGCAACCAACUGACCUCUCUCAGUUGUGUGUUUAUUAAAUUCCCUUCUGAAACGAGAAAAGAAACAGCCUCAAAAUUGCCGAAUUAAUAAAUCAACCAACUAAAAUUAACAACAACAAUUUUGGUGCCGGCGUCACCAUGCGCGAGAAAAAAGGAGGCGCCCUGCAAAAGCUUAAAAAGAGGCUUUCUCAUAGCUUCGGCAGAUUAACUAUUUCCCGCGAAGAUGGCGAAGACUCUACGCAUCAUCAUCACCAUCAUCAUCAUCGUGGCGGCCAUGGCGGGCAUCAUAAUCAUGGUAAUAAAGUUCCCUAUAAUGGUUACAAUUCGGAAGAGUAUUUGGAUCGGUUGGAACCGAAUGGCAAUAUACCCGCUGAUAAAACAAAUUGCAGAUAUGGCGCACAAGAAUCUGCGAAAAAUGAUAAUAACAAACCACAAGACUGGCGCAGCACGGACAGCACCGACCAUCAUGAUCGCGUUCAGAGACAAUUGUCCGUAUCAUCGGAUAGCAAAUUACUAGAUGAUGACAUCAGGGAGGAAAUGAAAUAUCAUUCGCAUGUUGUGAUGCGUCCAAAGAAGCCGCCCAGACCCAAAUCUGAGGUCUUUCUUAAUAAACAGGAUCCACAUCCGCGACGAAAACGUUUCAGUGCAUUUGGUGGCGAUUCACCAUUUGGCAAACAGGAGGCCUAUGUUAAACUGGAACCACUGGGUGAAGGCUCCUAUGCGACAGUCUACAAAGGAUUUAGCAAAUUAACCUACCAGCGGGUUGCAUUGAAAGAAAUCAGACUGCAGGAGGAGGAGGGCGCUCCGUUUACAGCAAUUCGUGAGGCCUCGCUACUGAAAGAACUGAAACAUAGCAACAUUGUGACCCUACACGAUAUUGUCCAUACACGAGAAACCCUGACCUUUGUCUUUGAGUAUGUGAAUACCGAUCUAUCGCAAUAUAUGGAAAAACAUCCCGGCGGUCUGGAUCAUCGCAAUGUGCGUCUGUUCCUCUUCCAGCUGCUGCGCGGUCUUUCCUACUGCCACAAGCGUCGUGUCCUUCAUCGCGAUGUUAAGCCGCAAAAUUUGCUCAUCAGCGAUUGCGGUGAACUGAAGCUUGCCGAUUUUGGUCUGGCCCGGGCCAAAAGUGUCCCCAGUCAUACAUAUUCGCAUGAGGUGGUCACGUUGUGGUAUCGUCCACCAGAUGUCCUGCUGGGCAGCACAGAGUAUUCAACAUCGUUGGACAUGUGGGGCGUUGGCUGCAUAUUUGUUGAAAUGGUCACUGGGAUGCCAACAUUUCCCGGCAUACGUGAUACCUACGAUCAGUUGGAUAAAAUAUUUAAAUUGCUUGGCACGCCCACCGAAGAGACGUGGCAAGGGGUAACCCAUUUUCCGGGCUACAAACCGCACAAGUUGGGUUUCUAUCGGCCACGCAAAUUGGGUCACAAUUUCCCACGACUGUAUGACAUCAUUGAGGGCGAGACGAUAGCUAACGCUUUCCUUCAAUUGAAUCCCGAGCAGCGCAUUGGAGCCGACGAUGCACUGCAGCAUCCCUACUUUGCGCAAUUGCCACAGAAACUCUACGAAUUGCCAGAUGAAACCUCAAUAUUCACUGUGGAAGGCGUUCAGCUUUAUACAGAGCCAAAUCGGCAGAAUAAAUGAAAAUUAAAGCAAGUCCUCUCUGUGGAUGGUGUACGAUUCUAUUGUUAGGACUUAAAAAUAACAACAACAACAACAACAAGACCCAAGAAGAAGGAAAGAUCAAUCCCUCCUCCAAAACUCCACCUCCACCUCCACCUACACCUUCAACUUCAGUCCCCGAACCAUCUUUCCCCACGUAAAACAUAAUCCCAAGAAUCUAAAAUGAAGACAUCAAAUAUAUAUAAAACAUACAUAUACCACGAUAGAUAGAGCCAUAUAAGGAAGAAAGGAAAGAAGGAAUGUCAAAGGAACGCAGCAAGAGCAAGAGCAACCGAAAAAAGGAUUAUCAUGAUGAUGAUGAUGAUGAUGAUGAUGAUGUACCAUAAUCCUAUCAUACUUUAUAGUUAUUAGUUUGAUUUCAUUACGGAUGGAUAGGAGUAGAGGAUAUAUAUACUAUAUAUAUACAUAUAUAUAUAUAUAGAUACUACAACUACGGCAGCGCAGCAGCAGCGGCGUAAACGGCGGCAUUUUUUCAAGUCAAAUUUUUUUCGUGCCUGGGACAUUAAAGUUUAAUUUAGGAGUUUAUCAAUCUUAA